AUGGGCAACCCAGAGUUGUUAAAUGAAUUGAUUAGUAAUCUGCCAGAUGAAAAAGUAAAUGAUCCAAUUCACAUUGGUUUGGCAGCUUUGGAACCUAGCUCAGCUUCUAUUCAUCUGACUAAUGGUAGUUCUGCCUCAGCUUCUAUUCAUCCUACCAGUGCUACUUCUUUAGCUUCAGUUCACGAUACUAGUUAUAAUGUCUCAGUAAAACCAUCAUUCACUAGCUCAGCUUCAGUUCACCCUACCAGUACUACUUCUACACCUGUACGUGCAUCUGUACCUAAAGCUUCUUCUUAUACUAGUGCUCCUGCCUCAGCAAAACCAUCAUCAUUCACUUGCUCAGCUUCAGUUCACCCUACCAGUGCUACUUCUACACAUGUACGUGCAUCUGUACCUAGAGCUUCUAUCUAUACCAGUGCUCCUGCCUCAACAAAACCAUUAGCAUUCCCAUCAUCAUUCACUAGCUCAGCUUCAGUUCACCCUACCAGUGCUACUUCUACACCUGUACGUGCAUCUGUACCUAAAGCUUCUCUUUAUACCAGUGCUCCUGCCUCAACAAAACCAUUAGCAUUCCCAUCAUCAUUCACUUGCUCAACUUCAGUUCACCCUACCAGUGCUACUUCUACACCUGUACGUGCAUCUGUACUUAAAGCUUCUCUUUAUACCAGUGCUCCUGCCUCAACAAAACCAUUAGCAUUCCCAUCAUCAUUCACUAGCUCAGCUUCAGUUCACCCUACCAGUGCUACUUCUACACCUGUACGUGCAUCUGUACCUAGAGCUUCUCUCUAUACCAGUGCUCCUGCCUCAACAAAACCAUUAGCAUUAAAUAGCUCAGCUUCAGUUCAUCCUGCCAAUGCUACUGCCACAGCCUCCAUCCCAGCCAUUUGCUUUGAUUCAACACUACCUUCUGCAGCUUCAAUUUCUGCUACCACUUUGUCUACUCUCAAUUCUUGUACACCUGCUUCUACCUGGAAUUAUUUUCAAUCAUCUGCCAGUUCUGAAUCAUAUACUCAUCCCCAUGCUAGUACUUCAACGUGUCAUCCAUCUACAACCUCUACCACAACCAUUUGCUUGGAUUCAACUCUGCCUGCUGCUGCUUCAACUUCUGCUACCACCUUGUCUAUACUCAAUUCUCCUGCACCUUCUACAUCUUACUCUGUUUCAUCUUUCAAUGAAGAAAGAUUAGAAUGGUCAGAGGGUCAAAUAAGUUGCUUGAUUGAUCUUGUUAAUUUUUUUUAG